AUGGGUCCUCUCACAAUUCGUAAGGAAACAAUGUGGUCAGACUUGCCUGAACAUUUGAUGGAGAGAAUACUGGAAUGCCUUCCAGUGGACUGCUUCUUCCGUUUCAGGGCUGUUUGCAAGACCUGGAAUACUCUCUUCUCAUCCCAACAUUUCAAUUCAAUAGCUAGAAAUAGCCACCCAUUUCUCAUUCUUUGCCCCUCCGACACCCAAUUGCCCUCGCUAAUCUAUUCCUUCAUUACCAACACUUGGCUAACAAUUUCUUUAUCUUUCAUACCUCAUGAUUACCCCAUCAACUUCAGGGGAUCUGCUUCUGGGCUGCUCUUGGCAGAUAUUAACGCCAAUUUCUUAUUUGGCUAUAAUUCUCCAACGCUCUGUGUUUGCAAUCCCCUUACCCAAACGUACUCGAUGCUACCAGAAAUGGUCUCUGUGAGUAGAAUUACGGCUAAGACUAUUUUACCAGCGGGGAAUAAGAUGGAAGAAUAUACAGUCAUGGUGGUGGGCAUGAGCAGCACUGGUACAGUUCUAAUAGAAGCAUAUAAUUCGACUAGCAAGGCAUGGAAAGUUGCAGGUACCUUUCCUGAUGUGGUUUUAAGGAGUGAAAAUAUGUUAUUUUUCAAGGGCUAUUUGUUGGGCAUGAUUGCCAGCGGGGGCAUAAUGGCCUACAAUAUUGAACAGGGGAUCAUUUCUAUCAUGGCUAUGCCCACAGCAGAGGCCAACAAUUCACGGGCUCGGCUUGUUUGUUGUAAGCGUGGCGUGUUUGUGGUUCGGGCAAUCGAAGAAAAUCACUGUUUGAAAGGUGUAAUUGUGUGGUAG